AUGGAACACUUUCAACGGCUCGAUGAGAACAUCGCAAAUCUUGUAAUCGGCCAUGGGUUCUUGAACCUAGAUACCCUGCAGUUUGCCACCGAUGAGGAAGUCGAGAACGCGGCAACAUUGGCGCUACAGAUGGCCGGCCCCGAUGUGCAACUAGCCAUCGCCAUUCAACAGAGCGGCAUUUCAGGCAGACGCCGCCCGCCCCCCAAUCUCGACGAAAUCCCCGGUGACCCAAUCCCGAGACAGUACAUCACCUGGGAGGAACGUAACCGCCUGCUGGCAGACAGCAGACCCAACAGCGCAGCGACCUCGGAGUCGGAUGAAGCCAACGAGAACAACGAACAGAAUUGCAUCGUCUGCAGUGGAGGACGGCAGCCCAAGAGCCGGCUGCCGUGCGGCUGCUGGAUGUGUCCACCCUGUCUACGGGCGUGUAUUCGCGUGGGUUUGAGGGCCGGGGGAUGGCCUCCUCGGUGCUGCGAGCCGUUGCACCAAGACCAAAUCGAAAGCGCGGAUCGGGAACGGCCCGGCCUGCUAAGCCUAUAUCGGCAGAUUAGGGAGGAGAACGAGACGGUGGGGGGAGAGAGGAUGUACUGCUCCACACCGGCGUGUGCGGCGUUUAUACCGCCUCGGGGGGCGCAUGUCAGGGACGACGAAAUGGAGUGCCCUGCAUGUGGAGAGGGUACAUGUCGACGGUGCAGGCAGCACACGCAUCCUGGACGGCCGUGCCGGCAAGAGGACGAGGAUGAGAUGUUGAUGGACACCAUGGACGAGCAAAAUCUGUCUCCUUGCCCACGGUGUCGGCGGAUCAUCGAACUUGCGGAGGGAUGUUAUCACAUAACGUGCCCGUGCGGGCAUCAGUUCUGCUACCAAUGCGGCGGCGACUGGCGUGGACGAUGUGCUCGGGGGUGCGGACUCUAUCCACAGGAAGGAGACGACCGCGUCCCGGUACGUGAACGAGGCGAGAUAUACCGUCAGGGGCAAGACCCGGACGAGUUUCCCGCGGUUGCCCGGUUGGAGCCUUUGGGACAGCUUAUACCCCGGGUGCAGCCUGUGCCUAUGCCUAUACCUCUACCGCAACCGCAAUUGCAGCAGCAGGUUGAGUUGUUCCACCCACAAGCAGCGGAUGCUUUGUGGCAACCUUUACCUCUAGGUGAGUGAGUC